UCAAAAACAAGCAGCUAAGUUGCGCUAGCUAGCUCCCUGUCUAACAGCAGACAGUUGGCCCGCAGCCGGCUGAUCGUCACUUCAACUUUUGGGAAGCAACUUUUAGAACAACACGAGUUGUUUGGUCGCAGUUGGACAAAUCGACUUUACCCUCAAAAGUCAUGGCGUGUGGAGCCACCCUGAAGAGGACCAUGGAUUUCGAUCCGCUGAUGAGCCCUACGUCCCCCAAAAGACGAAGAUGCAUCCCCGUGUCCCCGUCGUCCUCAUCCUCAUCCCCUAGGAAGUAUCUUAGCAUGGAGCCCUCGCCAUUUGGGGAAUCGUCUUCAAGGCUUAGUGCAGAACAAAUCCUCAACAGUAUUAAGCAGGAGUACAAACGCAUUCAAAAGAGGAAGCAUCUAGAUGGAGGUUACCAACAGUCAGAGUGCUGCUAUUCUCCAGAGUCCCCAUCCCAGUCGUCUACUAUGAAUGUGUCCAGCAUGCCAGGAACGUCCUCUGGAGGCGUUUCUCCUACUAGAAAAGAACAGCCAUUAUUCACUCUCAGACAAGUUGGAAUGAUCUGUGAACGCCUGCUGACAGAAAGGGAAGAGAAGGUGCGGGAGGAAUAUGAAGAGACAAUGACUUCAAAACUGGCAGAACAAUAUGACACCUUUGUGAAGUUCACACAUGAUCAGUUAAUGCGACGAUUCGGGGAGCAACCUGCAAGCUAUGUUUCCUGAGUGUGGCCCAGAAAUCUUUGCAAGACGGCCUUCUCUUGCUGCAAGCUAUCAUAUGAUAACUCAAGUAAGAAGAAGAAAACUAAAAAGCUCAUCAUUGUAAGAGAUUCAGUUUAGCGAGUUUAAAUGAAACUUUUCUUACUGUGCCAUAUUUCUGUCUUUGGGCAAAGGUUUAUAUAAAGCUGUUGUUGGUUGUUGCCACUCUGUUGUAAGCAACUAGGUGCUUCCUUAUGUAAAUUAAUGGACCCUAUCUCUACCAGUGGCCUAUGUUCCUCCUGCUGUACGUGUAUCUACAGUUAUCUCACUUUUGUAAUGAUUCCCAGCAUUCCAGCUUUGUCACUUGAUUUCUGUUUGUUACAUGUAAAUACGAUAAAGCAACGCAAGAGUUUUACUUUAAGGUUUGCUGGUCAAUCUGAGAGAAAGUGGAAGAAACGCAGCAGAACAGAGAGGAUAUGUUUGCAGUUUGUCCUCUGUUCAUAGCUUUUUAAAUUGAGCAAAAACUGGGCAGUUUUUUUUUUUGUUCUCCCUACCAGUGUUUUAUUUAUUUUGACUUUUUUUUUUUGUUUUUUUGCUGGUAUCAUUUUGAAACCAAUGUACUUAUUGGAAAAAACAAUAAAAAUCUUUUAAGAGUUAA